CUUGCCGCGGGGGAUCCCCCUUCACCCGCUGCCCCGGCUGGGCAAGCCCGGCUCCCAGCUGGGGUGAUGGAAAACGCGGCCAGCGCGGCGCCGGGAGCUGGGAGCGCGGCCCCGGCGUGCCCUCGCCUCCGGGUGACCCCCCUCGCACCCCGGGCUUGGUUCGGUGAAAUGAGGGCGCUCGGCGGUGCUCGGAGCCCCGGGGAUGUGUGAGGGUCCGCGGCUCGCAGAGGGGCGAGAGGCGCUCCGGGGUUCCCGCGUUUUGGGGCGAAGUCCAGGAAACGGCCGGCCAAGUGCUCGAGGAUCUGCACGUGGUGCUUCGGAGAUUUUCCGUCUUUUUCGGGAUUUUUUUUGGUGAAGUUGGGCCACGAGUUGGUGGCGGCAGCGGAGCAGCAUCCUACUGCCUUGCUGCCUUACUCCUGCUUGGACACACCGGCGUGCUUGGUACUCAGGUUCUGUGGGAGCGAAAACUGGCUUUUGUUGGUCAGGGUUUGGAUUAUGACAAGGCCCAAACAAAGAGUAAAAGGAACAAAGAAAUAAAAUAAACCUUGAAGAGGACCCAGUAAAGUCAUGUUCCUGCCGUGGUGCCUGCCUGUGGAUGGAUACUGUAUGCUAAAUGUGGUGUUAAACAUACUGAUUUAUGGUGGACUUAAAUGCUGAGAAAGCAAUUUGAUUGGCUUUGUGCCUAAUCUAUGAAAUCAAGACCAGUCAAGCUAAAUGGGUCCAGUCACUGGAAUGACUCCGGAUAAGAAGGCGGAGACGGCCGGAGCAGAAAAAGCCGCGGGACUACGGCAGUGCCAUGGGGUGGGCAGCCUGCCUGACACGGGCCACGCUGGCAAGCCAAAGGCCACUGUGGUGGACAGAGAUUCAGCAGAUGAUGAGCUCACAAAUUUGAACUGGCUGCACGAAAGUACUAACCUGCUAACAAACUUCAGCCUCGGCAGCGAGGGUCUUCCGAUUGUUAGCCCCCUGUAUGACAUCGAGGGUGACAGUGUGCCAUCCUUCUCACCAUCCUGCUACCAGAACCCUGAGAAAAAAUCCUCCACUUCCAAACCUCCUUACUCUUUCAGCCUUCUCAUUUACAUGGCCAUUGAGCAGUCCCCCAACAAGAGCUUGCCAGUCAAAGAGAUCUACAGCUGGAUCCUGGACCGCUUCCCCUACUUCGCCACGGCCCCCACCGGCUGGAAGAACUCGGUCCGACACAACCUCUCCUUGAACAAGUGUUUCCGGAAGGUGGAGAAAAGCCAUGGCAAGGUGAAUGGAAAAGGGUCAUUGUGGUGUGUUGACCCAAAAUACAAACCCAAUCUUGUCCAAGCACUGAAAAAACAGCCUUUUUCCUCAGCACUUGCAUUUUAUACUCCGCCGGCGUCGCCACCCAGCAGGUCGUCGUCCCCUCACUACCUGACUUCGGUCCUUCAGCAGAAUCAUGGCCGAUCUCUCAAAGAAUCUGAUAUUGAUGCUGCUACUGCAAUGAUGCUGUUAAAUACUUCCAUUCAACAAGGGAUGCUGGACUGUGAGAAACCUCAGCCUCUGAAGACUCCCAAGAAGAGGAGCUACGGCAGCGCCUUCGAUCCCGCCAGCUCCAUAACCCUGCAGGAGGGCGACUCCGCGGCCGCCAGCAUCGACCCCAGCGAGGACCACAACUACAGCGCCAGCAGCAUGGGCUCCCAGCGCUGCGCCUCCCGCUCCAGCGUCUCCUCCCUCUCCUCCCUGGACGAGGUCUACGACUUCCUCUCCAAGAGCAGCCGCGACGGCAGCGACGGCAGCGAGGGCUUCCACAGCGAGGUGGACACGGACGGCGACUACGAAGACGAUCCUCUGGGAGACAGUGGCUAUGCAUCCCAGCCUUGUGUGGAUACCUCCAAGGAAGGUCAGCCCAGCCAGAGAGUACUCGAGGAGCUGUGCCAGGAGAUCGAUGAGGAGCUGAAGGAAGCAGCGGGGUCUCUGCUCCACCUUGCUGGCAUCCAAACCUGCUUGAGUUCCUUAAUAAGUACUGCAAAGACCCACUGUCACAAGCAAAGGAAAAAAUAAUGUGUUUGUCAGUGUUGAAUAUAUACAUAUAUUUUUUUUAAUUGUGGCAAUACUCUUCUACUUUUGCCCUUCACAAGGGAGAUCAAAGCCAUAAGAGGACUCACUGCUUUUUUUUAAUUUUUGGCGCAAACUAUAAUUUAGCCAUUUAUUUUUAAAUCACCACCUAAAAAGAAAAUAUUUAAUCUUCUCAAAUUAGAAGAUAUGCAUGACUUGUGAAAACCCAAAAGCAUACUUCUUAAUGAUAAUUUUAAAUUUUUUUUUUCUUUUCAAUAGUUGACUAAUUUUUUUCAGAGAUACGUUUGUUCAGAUGCACACUGUGGAUCAUAUUUACAUCUCUGCUGGCCCCAUCUGCAGAGGUGAAUUUUGUUCUGUCUAAGGGCUCUGACUUCCAUGUAAAGGAUUCAAAUUCAUUUUGCAAUAAGAGAAUCUCUUUAUAGUUCCUAGACAUCCUUCAGCCAAAAAAUGUUUUUUGUGGUAUGUUGAACUUUAUCCCUAUUUUUCUUUUAAAAUCAGUGGUGAUUAUUUACAUCUUCCUGUAGAUUAUGCCUUUUUUUUUUUUUUUUUUUUUUCAAAAAUGGGUAAGCAGUUCUGUUGGAGUGGGUUUUAACAGUACUGUACAUACAAGGAUGCCUUAAGUAUGUUGCAGAAUUGUAUACAGCUAUCCAAGGUCAUCUUUCCUGUUGGUGAAAGGUAGCAUGAUGUGCCAUAAACGUUCUCACCAAUGUGAAGCUACUGCUUCCACCAGGUGUUGGGCAAGCUGGGUGAAAAUUAGGAGCAGAGCCACUUAGGAAACCAAUGUCCACUGUUGAAAACAGUGCUGGAUUCAGCCAAAAGUUAACCUUUCCCUAAGGGAGUAUUUUCCUGGCUAUUUGAAUGCCUUUCUUAGACUAAUGUGGGUUUUUUUGCCCCUUUUUUCUUUUUUUUUCUUUUUUCUUAUUUGUCAGUCUCUUCAUGAAUUCUGUCCUAAACUGUCUACUUCCAAUGCAAACACAGCCAUGCUGCUGAAGGUCUGUUGCUCUGAGGGCCCAUUCCAGUGCCUCUUGAAGACAACGGUGGUGCUCCUGCUGACUCAAUGGCUGUUGGAUCAAGUGUGAAAUAUUCAAGGUUCUUUGUGUUUUGGAAUUUAAAGCACAAACACUAGGAGAGAAAAAACAAAAAAAAGUUGGGCUUUUUGGGGUUUUUUUGUGGAUUUUUUUUCUUUUUCCAAUUCAGUUUUAAGAAUGAUUUGUUUUAUUUCUUGAAAGGGAAGGAAAAUACUCUGCUUCAUUCCUGCUUUGUGUGAGCACUUGUUAGCCUACACCUGUCACAGGGCAAUGUGUGUGCAGGCAUGUGUGUGUGUUCUGGCUACCACAAGUGUUGCACUAGCCAAUUAGAUUUGAUAUUGGAUGUGUUACUGAUGGGUAGUAGGGGUAAAACCCACCAUUUAAAGGAAAGCUAAGUACCAACCUUAGGAUUUCAGGAGCUGAAGGUGUGAAUGCUUGGUGGAACUGCUUCUUCUUGCUCAUGGGUUGCUUUUGAACUCUCAUGGUAAUCUGCAAAGGGCAGAGUUUGUGUCAAUGUGGAAAGAAGGAUUGAGAUAGACAGAAAUACUGUGAGCAGCCUGAGGUUUUGCUCAGUGCCAUGAUUUCAGUUUCACACUGUUGAAGAGGGAUGCUGUGUGCUGCCUGGCUCCUGCUGAAGUGGUUGCAGCUUUCUGUAGCUUUCAGUGAAAGCUGGAUCAAGGUCCAGGUAUUCUGGAAGCUGUGUUCAUAGUCAACUCCAUGGUUUGAUUUGGUUCUGAAUUAUUUUUUGCCUCAGAUAAAAUCUGAGGAGGUUAAUACUUACUGGGAGUGUGGCUGUGCUGCUGUUAACCCUGAAGUUGGUGACAAUGACUUCAGCAUAUCUGAAGGACUGGGAUGCUAACAGUGCAUUUAAUUACCAUAUGCAAUGACCAGUGAGAACCAGUUCCUAACCAGCAGUUAGCAGGGAAGCUGCAUCCCAUCCAUCCUUACAGCUGGGAGAACUGGACCUGUGGAAGGGGGGAGCAGUCACAGCCUUUCCCUGGGACACAGGGUGGUGUGUGGGGCCGUGCUCUUCCUGCACUUCCCACUUUGCUGUCUUCCCUCUCUGCUUCCAAAGGGGAAGGCAGAUGAGCUGUGCCCCUGCCCUGUCCCACCACAUUGUCCCAGACCUCUGGCCACACGUUUGGCAGCAUGGACCGACAGCUCAGCUGUGGAACACCUCUCUUGGCAGUGGGAGAAGAGCUGCCCUUCCUUUCUCUUACAUAUCUAUUUGGUUUGGGUUCGUUUGCCACCUCAGUUAGAGACCCUGGUGUAUAUAGUAUAAAUGGAGUAUAAUUAAAAGUUAUUUUGAUUGUUGGGCUUUGGGGUUUUUUUAGUGACAUAUGUAAAAUGUUGAUGCCAAUGGUUGACUUGGAUACAUUUUGGCAAGAAAAGUAUUAAUGAACCACAUUCAGUUCUUUAAAUGCAGUGAAGUAGUGUAUGAGACCUGUGUCCAUGGGAGGUUGCUCUGUUCAGGGUAAAUCUGAUGUGAUUACUGUACAAACCUAUACUGGCUUUUCAGAUUCCAAUCCUAAAUUACUGAUCUGCAGGAGUCACAUCAAAUGUUUUUAAAUCCAACUGUAAAAUGGAAGUUGUGUGGUUUGCAACUUUUCAUCAGCCUGAAAAGUACAAGCUUUAAUUAAAGCGAAGUGUACUCAUACACAUUAAUAAUGGUGUGGUCAAAAUAUUUAUUGAAAAGAAAAGGUAGAAUAUUUUAAAUGUUGCACCUGCUAUUUUAUCUUAAAGCACAUUCUUCACACCUAACUGCCAGUGCCAUUAUCAAGUCUGUUUUGUAAAUGUACAUUUCUUCAAACUAAGAAGUGCAUAAUUAAAAGUAUUAUGUUACUGCCAUAUAGUGAUAUAAAACAUUUUAUAAUUGCCAAUUCAUUGUAACUAUUAUUUAUUUAAAAGUGAAUUGUAAGAAUGCUUUCUGAUCAAAUGAACCAGAGUUGUUUUUAAACCAUUCCCGUUAGCUUGUUUCUAAUGUAGCAUAAGCAGUGUCCUUGGGUUUGUUUAGAAUAAUUUUGCCAGUAGGUGACCAAUUCUAACCCUUUUUCCUCUGGUUUAGUCCUUUACCCAUUUUGAAGACGAUUUACAAAAGUUUAGUUUUUUGUAUGCUAAUCUCUGUUAAUUAAAAUGUUUAUAAAUUUUAUUUUUACCAAAGAGAUGCAAUUCAUUAUGACAAAAUAUUGCAGAAUAAACUUUGUUUUAUAACA